UCUGACCACGAAUCAUGAUCCUACGAUACAAACUUAAGGUGUUACUUACUCUAUGUGCUUUAUUUUCAUUCGUUGUUAAAAACGAAUCUUAUAUCGGCAUUGUAGACUAUAGCACAUACAGAACUGUGACGAACUUUGCAGAUGAGUGCGUCAAAUGGAAGUACCUCAAACAUAUGCCUAUCAGGCGCUUGAAAAAGCUUAAAAGGUUCAGACUUGAAGAUGAAGUUUGCUUUCAAACUAAACAGAAGUAUUGCCCUUCAGGAACUGAUCAGCUUACCAAAGAAGGAAAUGAAAAGAGGACUGUACCACUUCAUUAAAAAUUCAACUUAUGUAAUGAACCAUACUACUGAUAACAAUAUAUUUUGUGUCCUCUACAUGUGUGUAUAAGUCAUGAUCAUGGCAUUUGACAAAACCAGUUGAUAAAUAAUAAAAAUCACAAAAACAUC